AUGCGAUGCUGCGGGAGCAACCAAGCCAGACGCCGCUCGGCGUCAGCAGCGGGGGAUUCCCCCCCGACUGAAGCGGUGACAAAGACCGCGCUCGGACUCAAACAGACAUUGCAGGGACACAUCCGUCUCCCGGUCAAGAUGGAACGGGCAGUCCUCGAAGAUAUUCUCACAAAGACAAACCUGGGACCAAAAGAAAUCAAAGACCUGUACAACAGAUUCCGAAGAAUCGCUCCAGAUGGUUCGCUCCCGUUUUCUCGCUUCUGCGACACUUUGGGAGUUCUCGGCAUGGUAGACGAGACUUUCCUCGCCGAGCGCCUCUUCAACGCCUUCGAUACAAACGGAGACUCCACACUGAGUUUCACGGAGUUUGCCGUGGCUCUGGGCAUCAUGAUGCGCGGGAGUGACGACGAGAAAUUGGAUCUCUCCUUCAAGAUUUUGAAUCCUACCUACGGAGGCGGCGCAACCUGCUUGGCCGACUACGGCCUCGGAGGGUUCGAGGGCGAGGACGAAGCGUGCAGCGAGUGGGACCAGGCGUCGGCGGCAUCUGCGCCUGCUGACCAGGAGAGGAGACGCGAGGCCUCGUUUCGAAGCGACGCCUCAGGGCUGCCAACCAGUGAGACUCUCUCGCUCGCGCGCUACGAGGCGCUGAAGCCGCAAAUCGAACGCGACACCAUUGGCGUCGAAGACUUUGUGCUGCUCAUUCACUGCGUCGACCAAACCCGGAAGGCACUGAUUGGGGGUUCGCAGCCGAGCUACCCGGACGCCGAGAUCCGGAGAGUCUUUUUGCAAAACGCGACCCAGAUGCCCGACGGAUCCUCCCGCAUGAUGCUCCUCGACUUCAAACGAGCCGUGCGAACGUCGCCCGCGUUUCUCGCUCUCCUCGGCGUGCUGCCUCAAGAACUCGCUGUCGACACCUCAGCUGGACACCAGUGCAUCCCUGCGGCCAAAAAGGCAGUCUCUUCCAUGCGACGUUUGCAAAGUACAGCGGUGUUGCGAAUGGACAGUCACAAAGAAGGCGUCGAAGCUGUGAAGCAGGAGCUCAGGCGAGUGCGCGAGGAACUGGGGCGCGUCGUGGAUUUCGUGAACGGCAUCGUCUCCGCCGUACAGCUGGAGCAAGUCACGCAGGACGCGAUCAUUGCCCACGCCAUCCAAGACGACGACGCCGCGCACAUGAUCGAUGACACCGCGCCGAAAAGCCCUGCGGCUUCCGCCGCGGAUCCGGAAGGCGCGUGUGAGAAUAGCUUCGCUCGUUCGACUCCGCAGCGAGUGGAGCCUGCGGGAGAGUCGUGUCGCUCGCUGUCGGCCGAAGAUCUCGAGACCAUUCCGAGCUUCCGGAUUCGGAGCCUGAGCGAAAUCGAGAGAGAAGACCGACUCGCUCGGUCGCGCACCUCCGUCCAGGACGGCGAGGCGGAGCAGUCUCUGAGCGCUCCAGCCUCGCGCGCAGGCGCCGCGCCGGAGUCCAGAGCCUCUGACCCCGCGCGCGGCGCUGCGGAUGACGCGUUGCAAGACGCGACGGGGCACGAGGCGUCGGCGGCUCGGGAACUCGCGCGAGAGACGCACGCGCACCUCCGGCGGGCGCUGGGGCAACUGCAGGCGGUGCGGGCUGCCGGCGGGGUGAACGCGGUGGAGGAGGCGAACAAGACGAUUUCGCGGAUCGAGGCGAUUGAGGCCCGGAUCGGCCGCAUGCUCUCGCUGCUGCGCGAUGACGACCGGUCGUCGCUCUCCUCAGCGGGCGUGUCGGCCGGCGAGAAAGAGAACCGCCGAGUGAGCCGCGUCACAGUCGCGCUGCCGGCGUCGAGAGACUGCACCAGUUUAGGCAACGCAAGUCAGACCCCGGCGUCGAACGGCGGGCGCGGCAGCCUCAGGUUUGUCGGCGACUACGGAUCGUUCAGCUUCAUGUCGAGCUCCAAGUCAGGUGGUGUCGGGUCCCGCGACGAGGGCGGGAACCAGGAGAGCGACGGCGAGGCGCGCGGUGACGGAGACCUCGGACACGGCGCGAGCGAUGCGCCGCUGGAGGACGGGGACGCGCAGUCCAGCGGCUCGCCCACGCACCUGAACGAGGCCUUCGCCGCCGCGGGCCUCCGGCGCUUCGGCUCGGACCCGAGCCCGUGCGCCGCAGAGCCCGACGGAGAGACAGAAGAGAAGGAGACACCCCUCGCCCUGGCACGCGGACUCGAGAGCGGCGCGCGGGACGGGGCCGUGCGGGCGCACACGGCGACUGCAGCGCCGACCUGCAGAAAGCACGGUUUACCCGGAAGCAAGUAUCGGUCCUUUGCGUCGAAGAAAGUCACCAUUCGCCUCAGGAAUUCCGAGGCGUCCCAAAGACACUUGACUGACGAGAAUGACGCGGACGCAAUCUUGGCGGAUGGACUCUCGUCACACCCAUGCAGCCGUCAUUUCCACAAGGAUAGCAGCACCCACUCUGGAGAGAUUCAGCUGCAUCGCAUGUACAUGAACCGACCGAACGUCUCCAAAUUCCCGGACACGCGUCGACGACGACGGCGCACCAUCCUCCCUGUCGGCUCUUUCCGCCUCAAGCGCGUAGACAGCAACAGUUCGCGUCCUACGGGAAAUACCAAGGGAUUGGCAGUUCACUUUGGCCACGAGAACUGGGACACGGUGAUCAACAUCAUGGUUGGGAUUCGACUGGCUGCUGGCCGCGCGAGUAGCGAGCCUCAGCGAGCGAUCGAGCGCUACGACUUUGUCAUGAAGGAAAAAUUCUCCAUUCUUCCAAAUACUGGAAUGGUCAAUCGCUUGAAUGAUCGCCGCUCUCUGUUUGCAGUCCGAUUCGUCGAUUACGCUCCCAUGGUUUUCCGGAGACUGCGGGAAAGAUUCCAAAUCAGCAGUGAAACCUAUGUGCGCUCUGUGGGCCCAGAACAGCUGCUCGGCAAUUUGUUUCUCGGCAAUUUGUCGUCUUUGUCCGAGCUGGUGUCUGAGGGAAGAAGCGGUGCACUCUUCUACUACACUGCGGACGGGAAAUUCAUGAUCAAAACGAUUUCAAAGGACACAGCGAUGUUUUUGCGGUCGAUUUUGCUCGACUACUACGAGCACGUCAUGGCGAAUCCCGACACACUCCUCACGCGUUUCUUUGGACUGCAUGCAAUCCGCCUGAAGGAGAAGCACCGGGGCGGUGGAGUCGUCCUCUCCCCGCACGUGGCCUCGGACCGUCGCCUGCACAAAAAGUACUUUAUCGUGAUGUCGAACUUUUUCCACACGCCCGUCGAGAUCCACAGACGGUACGACCUGAAGGGCUCGACGUACAAACGGCAGUUGCACCCUGAUCAACUCAAAGACAGUACCGUCGCUUUGAAGGAUCUCGACAUCGACCGGGAGAAGGAGAAGAUGGAAUUGGGGCCUGAGCGACGAGAACGGAUCCUCGCGCAGAUGCAGCAUGACGUCGAAUUUCUUCGAGCACAUCAGAUCAUUGACUACUCUCUCCUCCUGGGCAUCUUCUACCGCAAGCAAGAACCGGAGGACGUCAUGGCCGCCAUGGUGGCUUCCCUCCCCACUCCGCCGCCGCCUCCGCCUCUCGGACUCCACCAAAACUUCCGCCUUCACCAUCUCUCUGGGCCUACUCAACCUUCGCCGGAGCCGCAUAUCCCCUUUUUUCAAGCGGAGUUUGGAGGCAUGUGGUCUCCCGACCAAUCGAAGCUCUACUAUGUGGGAAUUGUCGAUAUCUUGACUUACUGGAAUACUCUGAAAAAACUCGAGCACGCCGUCAAAACUGUCCAGUAA